GUGAAAAGCUGCGGUUCAGUAAGACAGAUUGAUGAUUUUAAAGAAUCCGGAAGCAUGUCUAGCGAUACAAAGAUUGAUUCAGACACAGAAAUUGUAGAUUAUAAAUAUAAUAAAGCAAAGAAUUGUGAUGAUAUCUCAUACCUAGCACGUAAAAUAAGAGAAAAGGAAGCAUUUUCUCAGGAGGAUUUAAAGCAAUUACGUAAUUUAAAAGUAAAACUAAUACAUGAAGUUCCACCGCAACAUCAAGUUGAAAUACGUUCGGGAACUCAUGUACCUUCUCGUGAAGAAUUGGAACAGUUUAUGGCAUUAGCACCAUUAAAAAAAGGUUCCUUUUCACCAGAUGAGGAUGAUAAAAUUGUUCAUAAUUGGAAACAAUUUUGCAAGUUACACAAUUGGAAUAAACAUAAAUAUAGAGCGUUUUUAAGUCUGAGAGAUAGCGAUGGCAAGAAGUAUACUUGUAAGAAGAAAGAAACAAAAAAAUUUGCACAAUUUUUAGCAAAUGGCUUACCAAAUCGCACAUUGUAUAGUGUAUACCAUAGAUUUAGAAUUUUAUAUAGUUCUUAUUUAAAUAGAAGGUAUACACAAGAAGAGGAUGUUAUGAUAUUAAAUCAUAUUGAUCACAAUCCAUUCCUCGAUGAAAAACGAAAGUUUGUUGAUUUAGCAAAGGUUUUAAAUAGAAGUAGAGCUUCUGUUUGGCGACGUUACCGAUUGUUAAAAAGAAAUAAAAAGUCAAAGAUAAAAAAUUGAAUCUGUUUGAUAAAAUAGUAAUGAUUUAAUAUGUCUAAUUUUUGGAACUAAAAUAAACUCUUAUCAAAUAA